AUGGCACAUUCAGUGGAAAUCCCACAAGAUAUUAUCGACAACGUUAUUGCGGCACUUGGCAAUGACGAGCGUUCACUCCAGCAAUGUGCCCUGGUUUCUUCCUCGUUCCUUCUCCCAAGUCGCAAGCAGCUAUUCUACAGCAUUACUUUUGGAUCCAGCAAUAACUUAGUUUACCGGAGGCUUCAUCAACUCCACAAUCCACUCAUUCGAUCUUUUGUCAGAAGGAUAAGUGUCUAUCAUGGUUGGCUUUCCAAACCUACUUCCGAGUCUGACAAGUUGCUACUUUCCAUUCUCCAACUCUCGUUCUGUCACCUGGAGGAAUUCUCGCUCUGGUGUGUGCAUGCUGUGAAUUGGAGUGGCUUAAGCGGUGAACUGAAGGAUGCGCUGUCGACUCUCAUACAUUCACCCACCCUCAAAAUCCUCUACCUUCAUAACAUCAACAAUGCACCAAUUACCCUCUUCCUUGGCAUUGUCCACCUUACCAAAUUACAUCUAUAUGAUGUCUUGCUCAACUAUUCUGAUGGCGAGCAGCCAAGCUCGCUGACACCGGCGACAACGGCUUCUCAUACGGUGAUUGACCAAUGUGUGUUGUCUUUCUGCAAUCCAACACGUGGUAGGAGAUUUCCUAAAUUUGUGCCAUUCAUGUCCCAUCUGCGCGUUCUCGAAAUCCAAAUCAGCCCAUCCUUCGCAACAUCGUCUGACUUCGCCAUCUUGUCCUUUUUGAUGCGAUCUCUUCGUGCCAAUUUCACAUCCCCUGCCACACUUGAACAUCUCAAGCUCGAAAUUGAGUUUGGAGGCAGCGAUAACCUCUUCAAUCACUCUAAAUUUUAUAAGGAUUUACGUCGCGCUCAUGUUUGGGGCCAUCUAGACUCCAUUGUAACUGACCCAAUUGGUUCACGUUAUGACGACAAUGUCAUGAUUGAACUCAAUAACGAUGAAAUCUUGGAAGCUGUCCUUGAUGGUCUACCUUUACUUCACAACAAAGGCAUUUUCCGAAAACCUGGUGACUGGCCAGUGGCAAAGGCGCAAAGCAACGGAGCAGAUCAGGAGGCCCACUCACUGGCGAAGUUUGGAAAUAAGGAUCUUCAACUGUUGGUCUUGAUAUGUCAUGGUUGCAUGGAGUGGCGACAUACGGAAACCCUCCCGUUCGUUGUUCCCAGUCUCCCAGGAUAUUCCUCCUUCUCUCUCGAGCUCACCUCCGGAAACGUCGAACCAGACCCCAAAAACAAAUUCACUUCCGCCUUCAACCAAUUCGUACCAGACACCACUGACCCAAACGCCCGCCUAAGGAAGCCUCGAAAGCCUUACAAAAAAGCACUCAUCCCGAACCCUAGACUGCGUCAUCCUUGGGAGCAACAUCUUACCAAGUUUCAAUCCACCUACACGUCCUCUAGGUCUGCUACUACAGCUCAUGAGAUGCCCAUUCUGGCGCUAGGCAGUCCUGCUCAGGUCUUAUCUCAACUCGGUCAAGCUCAGGUCUUGUCGUGGCAGCUUUCUGGUGAUGAUAGCAUCAUGAUGGAUGUGGAGAUGGAGUCUCCGAACCCGUCGUCACAAUCAUCUUCCAGUGGCUCACAGUCGUCUCAUGGGCUUUCUAAGUUAUCUUCUCUUGUACCCUCCUCCUCGCCUUCUUUCAACCGAACCGACACUCCUGCUGAGCACUGUGACUAUAUGCGCGCCUCAAAACGGAGCCACGACCAAGCAUUCCCUGAAUUAUCUUCCGUUUAA